AUGACCAGCUCCCAAGAAAAGAGACCACUCGAGUCAUCAGAACAAGUAACUUCUGUUGAAUCAACCCCAGAAGUGAAAAAACAACACACAGAUAACUACCACAAGGGAGUAGCUGCCAUCAAGUCGGAAUAUUUAAUCACCUCAUCCAAUGAUAUAAUUGAAGAUUUCUAUAAUGAUGAUGAAGCAGAAGGUGGAGAUCGUGAACAAGAACAACCACAACAGAAAGGAAGACGUAAGAGAGGACAAAACAAAAAGCGUGAUCUUAAGCAAAAGCCAGAAACUUUGAGAUUGUGUUCUACUUUAUUAGAUCCUGAAAAUGUUAGAGAAUGUUCCUUUGGAGCCGAUCAAUGUAGAAAUACUCAUAACGUUGAAGAAUAUUUGGCUUCUAAGCCUGAGGAUAUCGAUGGUGUCUGUCCUGUUUUCAAGACUAUUGGAUAUUGUCCUACUGGGUUAAAAUGUAGAUGGUUAAAAUCUCAUUAUGUUAAAGAAACUGGGUUCUUAAUCAGAGAUGACGAAAGGUUAGAACAAAGCAAGCAAGAGAAGAAUUAUGAAGUUAAUAAGAUUGAUCCAGAAGCUAAGAAUCAAUUACGUAAAAAGAUUUACAAAUUUGAAAUCUCAGAUCCAGUUAUCAAAUAUUUGGAUUCAGUUGUUAAGAAUGAUGAAAACUUAGCCAGAAUGGAAGAAAAUAAAAACUCACAAGCGUCAUAUGUUGAAGCACCUUUCAAAAUUGCUGAAAAGAAGAAGAUCAACUUACGUAAUGCCAAGAUUGUAUCACCAUUAACUACAGUUGGUAAUUUGCCAUAUCGUCGUCUUAUGAAAACAUUGGGUGCAGAUAUCACUUAUUCUGAAAUGGCACUUUCAAUUCCUUUAAUUCAAGGUAAUAAUUCAGAAUGGGCCUUGCCUAAAGCUCAUGCAACUGAAUAUCCCGGUUUUGGUGUGCAAAUUGCUACAGCUAAACAUUAUUCAGCAGCUAAAGCCGCUGAAACUAUAUAUAAGCAUACCAGUCAUGUUUCCGAACUUAACUUAAACUGUGGUUGUCCAAUUGAUUUGUUAUAUAGACAAGGACAAGGAUCUGCGUUAUUAGAUCAACCAGCAAAAUUAUUAAGAAUCAUCAAAGGUAUGAAUGCAAGUUCUGGUGAUAUUCCAGUCACUGUUAAAAUUAGAACUGGUACUAAGGAUGGAAAGAAUACUGCCAUUAAUUUGGUUGAAAGAAUUUUAGCGGAAAAUGAUGUGGCUGCAAUUACAUUACAUGGACGUUCAAGACAACAACGUUAUACUAGAGAGGCUGAUUGGAAUUAUAUUGGCGAAGUUGGACAAGUUGUUAAGAAAUGGAACGAAAAGAAAGAAGAUGAUAAGGAAGGUACCGAUACUCAACCAACAUAUUUCGUUGGGAAUGGGGAUGUUUUCACUCAUUUAGAUUGGUAUAAUGGCGUUAAUACUGACGGAAUUGACUCGGUUAUGGUUGCAAGAGGGGCACUUAUUAAGCCAUGGAUUUUUGAAGAAGUUGAAGCCCAACAAUAUUUGGAUAAAUCAGCUACUGAAAGAUUGGAAAUUUUAAGGAAAUUUGCUGAUUUUGCAAUUGAACAUUGGGGAUCUGAUGAAUAUGGUGUUGGUUUAGCUAGAAGAUUCAUGUGUGAAUUCUUGGGUUUUACUCAUAGAUACAUUCCUGUUGGUAUCUUGGAAAGAUUGCCUCCAAAGAUUAAUGAAAGACCACCUAAAUGGAAAGGUAGAAAUGAAUUGGAAACCUUAUUGGCAUCCACUGAUUAUAAAGAUUGGAUCAAAAUUACUGAAAUGUUUUUAGGUAGAGCUGGUGAUGAUUUCCAAUUUACUCCAAAGCAUAAGAGUAAUUCCUAUGAAAGUUAA